AUGAGUCCUCAAGUUUGGCUAGUUACUGGUGCCACCUCUGGCAUUGGAGCAGCCAUUGUUGAUUAUGCACUUUCUCAAGGUGACAAAGUGAUUGCAUCCGGUCGCAAUGCUCAAAAUCGCCUUGGUCAUCUUCAAUCAGAGAAUCUAGCGAUACUUGAACUUGACAUAUCAGCCGACUCUACCGAAAUAUCGAAACAGGUCAAAUCAGCUUGGAACACAUUUGGCCAUAUCGACAUUUUGAUCAACAACGCCGGCAUGUCGGCAAUGAAGAGCGCAGAAGAGUCCAGUGAGGAAUUUGUGAACAACAUGUUUCAAGUCAAUCUCUUUGGCCACAUGCGUGUUACUCAAGCCAUCCUGCCAUUCUUUCGAGCUCAAGGCCACGGCUGUAUUGCCUUUACAUCAUCUAGCACUGCCUGGGCUCCCCUUCCCUUCAUGGCACAUUAUGCUGCCUCCAAGGCGGCUCUCAGUGCAUAUGUUGAAGGGCUCUACAAGGAAGUCCGGCCUCUUGGCAUCCGAUGUGUGGCAUUUGAGUGCGGAGGAUUUCCUACCAACCUUGGUCAGCCGAGAGGACCAGCGGAUGCCGGUUUUGGAAGCGUGAAACCCUCCAUUGAAGCAUAUGGUCCAACUUUUGACUCUCUUAUGGGCAAAUUCGCGACGAACCCGUCUGCACAUAUGCCUGGAGACAUCAAGAAGGCUGCGGCAACGGUAUUUGAUGUCGUGAAGAGGCAGGGUGUUGUUCUGUCGAAGCCUUGGGCAGUAAGGGUGCUACUUGGGUCCGAUGCAAUGGGAUCAGCUAAACAGAAGUGCGAAGAGCAGCUCGCUUUGAUAGAAAUUUUGAAGGAUGUUAGUGUUGGCACGGAUCGGGACGGAGCGGAUGGUGCGACGGCUAACAAAGAAUUGUUUUCAUUCACCACCAUACUAGAAUAG